AUGAUAAAGUUGUUACAGGUUAAUGGACUCUUGCAUCUUUUCGAAACCAUUGGUGGUCAUUCGAAACAUCAAGAACGUAAGUAGGGGAAAAUUAACUUAGCACAAGUCCUGAACAAGUUGUUAUCAUCUUGUAACAAGGUUGAUGAGGCCAACAGACUCGCAACAAGUUGUUCCAACAAGUCUGAUAUCGUCUGCACGUAACAAGUUGAUGACAACAAGCUCGUAGCAACUUGUUACGAACAGCCUGUAUCGGUCUUGUUGGAACAACUUGUAGCAAGUCUGUUACCGUCAUCAAGGUUGUACCAAUGUGAUAACAAUGUGUUCCAGACUUGUCACAACAACUGGGAACAAGCAGUGCGAACAUAUCCUGAUAUCAGAUUGACAACAACCUUGUUACCACUUGUUUUCAGAUCUGGAACAACUUUUUUAUGUGAGAUGAAUUAAUGGACCUAUUACCUUAAUGAACAAAAUUUUGAUCUAGACAAGUCUAGACAAAAAGUUUAUCACGGCUUGAAAGAAAAUCACAAAAUUAGCAGUAUUCCGAGGUUUCGUUGGGAAAUGUUGUAAAAUGCGGAUAAUAUAGCCCUGCGAAGUUUGCCGUUUUUCAGUCAUUUUGUAUUACGCGCGGGAAAUUGAUACAUUUUUUUCAGAAAGCGCGGUAUCAAUUUCGCGUGCGUAAUACAAAACGACUUAAAAACGGCAAACUUCGCAGGGCUAUAUUAUCCGCAUUUUACAACAUUUCGCAACGAAACUUCGGAAUAUUACUAAUUUUGUGAUGCUCUUUCAAGCUGUGAUAAUAUGUUUGUCUAGACUUGUGUAGUUAAAAAUUUUGUUCGUUAGGAAAUAGGUCCAUUAGGCCAUCAUCUUUUCCUUUAGUUCAGUAUCGGUUAGAAGUUCAAGAUGGGAAAUUAACUUGGUUUCAUCGAAAUUCGCUGGGCAAUACACUGUUCAGCGUGGUUACAGACAGUCCAGUAUUGAUCCCGAAUAUCUGGACUCAUAUUCUGGUCACUUAUACUGUUGUGACGGGCACAGCUCAGAUAUUUAUUAAUGGUGAAUUGAAGAAAGAGGAUGUGAAAGACGCUGGGGUCCCGUUAUCUACAGACUGGGACCAAUACACUG